GCUACAUCAAUUCAUUGAUAACAUUACACAGAGACUACUCUGUGUAACAUUCUUUUAUCUUCAAUAUUCGUGGGCUGCGUAUACAAUGGAGUCCUAUUUGAAAAUUAUUGGCAUUAUUGGAUUGUCGAGUUACUUAAUAUUUGAGGGCAAUACAUUAUUUUUAUUAUUAUUAUUUUAUUUAUUUCUUAAGGAUUUCUUAAAGCGUUGGGAUCAAAGGUGCUUUGGGGAGUACGAAUGCCCUGAAUGUAGGCGAAUAUGGAUGUCAUCUUAUUCUUGGUCUAAUAUUGGGCAAGAAUGCUUCAACUGUCAUAUAAAUGUUUUACCACAUAACCAGCGUCCUCUGGACAUUAAUAGAGCACCCUCGGGAUUUUGGUCAAAAAUUCAAAGAAAUUUGUUAUUGCUGCCGAGAAUAAUAUUAUAUUAUUAUAUUCCAAUAAUAAUAUAUAUAAUUAUUUAUUUUAUAAAUUUUCUCUUCUAA